GAACACACCAGAUAUUGUUUCCUUUCCAAAAAAAACAAAACAAAACAAACAAAAAGGAAUACUGGUUCAAAAUAAACAGUUGAACAUCGCUGGAACGAGACUGACAAAGCCAUGCGUGCGAACAAUAGAGAGAAAAUGAUGCCACCAGGAGAUGAUAGGAUGCCUCACCCUCCCAAACGGUUCGUGAGCGCAUUUGCACCCUUUCCGCGCUCCACAUGGAUCCACCCUCAGGUACCGAAUGACAACUUUGACAGUGUCUGCGAAACCAUCUGGAGAAGAGCAAAGGAGGCCGAGGAGGAGUUUGGCAGAGGUCGAAGUUCACCUGAGAGAAUGGAGAAUAAAGACUGCCCCCCUGAACGGGCUGAGGAACAGCAGAAAGAGACAGAUGAUUUGGGUCUGAGCAUACAGCAUAAGGACAAGAAGGUGCAAUACCAUACUGAUUUCAUCCUUCCUUGCCCUUAUCUCUCGGACCACAGACAUCCCCAUGUUGCCCAGUCUGUAUGGGUACUGAGCCCUGUGAUGGAGGUCGAGAUGAAACGAAAUGAGGUGGAGGAAAAGAAAAAAAGAAAUUUGCAGAGAGAUGCAGAGGAUAAACAAACGAGUGUGGAAAAUUCCCAGAAGAACAAUUUGGUCAGAAGAAGAGAUGCAUCUGAAACUCAACCUCUGUUGCCAAAUCCCAUCAGCUCUGCCACUGAGGAGCAUACACCAUACCUGCAGGAGAAGGAAGAUCUUUUACUUCUUUCUAAACUACUUAGGGAUACAUGUGUAAGCGAGGAAGAGCGGAAUACAAGCAGCAGAUCCGACAGCAAUUCUAGCGACAAUGACAAUAUUGUAACUCUACGUGGGUUGCGAUCUUACGCCACCGAUAGCAGUGAUGAUGACUCAGUGAGUGACAAGAGUGACUGCACAGAAGAAAAAAAAAAUGAGAUUAUACACUCUGAUGAAUUAAAUUGUGACAGCAAGCAGGAUUUCCCAUCUUCUAGUGCAGACAAGGUCUUUCCUCCACUAUCCACCAUCAAGGCUGGCAUUCUACCACGUCCCACGGAGCCUCCAGCCUUAGGGAAGUUGCAUGACCAGUGGGAGAUUCCCCUUUCAUUCCACCCACAUGACAACCCGACUGCCACUUUGGCAAGCGGCAUGACCGCCCAUGCACAGACUCCUGUCCAAGGCAAAGCAAAAGCACCUCAGGCAAACUUGAAAACCAGUGCACCACCAACAGCCUCAAUGCAACAGGAGGCCUAUAACCUACUGGCUGACUUCCCGGAACUCCAGCCCCCAAAGAAACCUUUAGCAUUGGGUGUAUUGCGUGAUGGGAAUCCCAAGACCAAAGCUGCAGAGGGGAAAGGAGGGCAUGCUCCCUCAACAAACCACCGCCAAGAGAUAGGGGCUUCCCAUCAGAGGAGGAUGGAAAAUGUGCCCCAUGAGGUCUCCUCCAUCUGGGCAGGAGAUCAGAAAACUGUACUGGACCCACAAACAUUUGGCAUGAUCAUGCAAUGCAAGUCUCCUAUCAUCAGCUGUGAAGACCUGACGGCCAACAUUCAUCCGCCUCCUAGAGUUGCAGGUACAGAUGGCAUGGGUGUUAAUGCCAGGUCCUGGGCUAAUGCUGCCAAGGCGGGCAUGAAGCAAGCAGCUGCCCCUCAGGAGAAAGCCAGACCUUUUCCCUUUCACCAGAUAGUUACCAUUAACAGAGCCAAAGUUGGGUGUACCGCCGCUCAGAACUUCGCCAACAAAAUGACUACUUCACAUCAUGCAGCCAGUCCACUGGUGACUACAUGUCAUGGCCCUCGACCCCGCAACCCACACCGGUUUGUUAGACCUGGCAACCCUCACACCCAUCAGCAGUUUGGUGCCUGGGUGCAUCGAGCCAACUGUCCUCCAGGAUUCAGGUGUCCUCGUUUUCCAUUCCAACAGCAGUUUGGAGCCCGGGCUUAUCGAGCCAACUAUCCUCCAGGAUUCAGGUGUCCUCGCUUUCCUUUCCAACAGACCAGAGGUCACCCAUCUAAACACAGCCAAGUGUGAUGACAGCCAGUACGACAUGUUAUUGUGUUUCUGAGAACAUUGCAUAAAAUUAUAAAAAUUCACUAGCCUCUGUUGUUUUCCCUGUUAGCAGCCUAAUAAAUAUUUCCU